AUGGUUUCUGAAGAAGUCGCCCAUAUCCUUGUAGGGCAAGCUGCCGAGUGGGUGACGUGGGCAAACUCAAUCGCACCUCUGGUCUUCAUUGCUAGGACGAAAGAUGAGCUGAUUCUGGAUUGGGAUCAAGUGAGAGGAUUCGAUGCACAGCCGGCAGCAAUAGCCGCAGUCCUCUUAAUCAUAGCCCAGAUGAUUCAUCUUAUGCCACAAAGUUCUCUACAUGGCCAGCUUAUCGACGCAUCAGCAUACUCUAAAACUGUCUCAGAUGCGAUUGAGACUUACAUAGUGAACGACGACUUCUUUGCGGGAUCGCUGGAGGGCAUCGAAGUCUGCUUGCUGUUUCAGCGACUGCAUUUCGCACAUGCCAGAUUCCAGAAAGUCUGGCUAAGUCUUCGCCGUACAAUCGCCCUCGCAGAGAUCAUUGGAUUACCUCGUGCUUCCGUAGCUUCCUCCACGGAUCGAUCUGGGGAGCCUGGCUGGACUCGUAAUGGACAGACCCGUGAAGAAGCCGGUGCUUUACUUUGGCAAGCGGCAUGCACAAUGGAGAAGCUGGCAGGCUGCAUGUUUGGUCUUCCUAUAACCGCCAGGAUGGAUACAUUACCAGCAGAUCGACCGAUUUUCGUAGACACGCAUCUCGUCCCCCAGGCUUACUUUUGCCGCUUGGCAGAUAUCGCCGGCAAGAUCCCAGCGCUCGACAAUCUCACCGCCAAAGGACGGCCGUCUCGUCAAGUCUGUGACAUGGUCUUGAACAUCGACCAAGAAUUUCGAGAGCUGGCAAGCCUCGCACCCAUAUCUUGGUGGGACGUGCGUCCAAACCAGGAGAAGAUCACACUCGACCUUGUUCUCCAGUAUUUCCAGCAAUACUUUACAGCGAGAGCCCACCUGCAGCUUGCUCUCGACAACGAUGGAAGUAACAUAUACGCCUACAGCCACAUGGUCUGCACCGAAGCUUGUCGGGAUGUGGCUGUCCGUUACGCUACACUGCGCCCUCUGGUGCUAGGCGGUUUCUUCCCAGUCCGGUUGUUUGAUGUACAAGCACUCACAGCUGCAGUCUUCCUUCUUCAUACUUGUUACUGUCCCGGAAGCUCACAACGAAUGGAGGCAACCCGGACACCAUCUUCUCUUGUGCUGCUACAGCAAAUCGUAGACAGCAUGGACUUGGCGUCCGAGGGGUCCAGGAGCGGGCAAUUCGCUCAAGAGGCUGCACGAACUAUACGAUCGCUGUCCGCACUUCUCAGUAACAGGCACACAACAGACUCACGAUAUGUCAGCCUGAGGGUUCCUCUACUGGGUAGAAUACAUGUUAGGCGCCAGGAUGCAAACCCAAAAUCGGCGGAACGCUUGGCUGGAAGCUCUGCCGUACCACCUCAGAUGCACGGAACCCAGAGUGCAGCCUCUAUGCCGAUCUUACUAGGUGAUGGAUCUGCCUUCGGGAUGCCAAUGGAGGUAGUGACGGAUAAUCCAGACAGCUGGUCCAUGGAGAUCUCCGGAGCCAUGCCAUUCCUAACGCACGAUGUUUAUGCCCCAGAUCAGUGGCAGAUGCUUGGCGAUUUCAACACAGGUAGCUUUGGCUUUGAGCAGCUGUGA